AUGGAAGAGGAGAUGCUGUUUCUCAAAGAUUCGGAUGAUAAUAUCGCAAACGACGAACGCUUACUGAGACUUUCGGAGCAGCUGCGUCGUUCUGCUCGGCAUGCUGUUUUGCAUCAGUUAUGGAAAAGCUCCUCUUACGGGGUACUGUGCUUCCUUGUUUUUACAUUCGUCGGAUGUGGAAUGCUAUACGGUGGCUAUCUAAUCAACGAGGAUGCGACAGUCAAAGAAGGCGACAUCUUCAUCGUGGUACUCUCAAUGGCACUCAUCGUUUCCAGCAUAUCUACCACUACAGCACACUACAAAGAAUAUAGGAAGGGAAUGCAAGCCGCUCUAUCUGUCAAGAAUCUGGAACAACUUGAGCAAGGACUACUGCUAACGCAAAACGGCAGUCGACGCUCUUCCGUUGACGACAUUACCAUCACUAGCGAGCAAGUGCCAAUGAAACCACCGUUACUGCCUGAAGCAACAACAUCUAUUGAUCGCUUUGCGAAUGGUACCAGGCGUGUCUUGCGUAACUACCACAAUCACAAGUUAUUUUUGCUGCUUGCUUUCAUCUUAGCGGCUGUGAAUGGACUGGAGCAGCCAGCGCACAACCUCAUCAUGGGCGAGGUUUUCACUGCAAUGCUUCGCCGCAGUCCGAGCAUCCGUCUUCUCAUUCAAUAUGCUAUUCAGUUUUUCGCCGUUGGUUUCGGUGUAUUUGUAUCACGCACUGCAACA